CCUCAGAUGGAGAACCAUACAUACAAUGAGCUUGUUCUCCUCCUAGAGGGGUUAAACGAGUCAAACCAGUCCUCCUACCCUGCCUUCUUCAUCCUCCUUGUUAUCUACAUCUUCACAAUGGUGGCCAACAUCGGCCUCACAGUGCUAAUCUGCAUGGAAAGGAGCCUGCACCAGCCCAUGUACAUCCUCCUUUGCAACAUGUCUUUCAACGAUGCUCUCAGUAUCACCACCUUCAUACCUCGAGUGCUGAGUGAUAUUUUCAAAGCAAGUGCAGAAAGAUAUAUUACCUAUGUUGAGUGUGCCAUACAAGCGUUCUGCGGUCACAUGUUUGGAGCUACCGGACAUACAAUACUAAUGAUCAUGGCUUUUGACAGGUAUAUGGCCAUCUGCAACCCUUUGCGAUAUGCCUCCAUCAUGAACAACAAAAUGCUGGUAAAACUGUGUGUGUUUGCCUGGGGUGUGGCAUUUCUCAUUGUGGCGGUCCUAAUAGGUCUCUCUGUCCGCUUAUCACGCUGCCGGUCAAAGGUUUUCAACCCUUUCUGCGACAACGCUUCGUUGUUCAAGCUCUCCUGUGAGAGUGUGUUUAUAAAUGACAUAUACGGACUCUUUUUCACUGCCCUCCUUUUUAUCACCUCCAUAGGGAGUGUGGCUCUGACAUACAUUAGGAUCACCAUGGUGUGUGUGAGGAGUAAGAGCAAGUCGUUGAACAGCAAAGCCCUGAACACUUGCUUCACACACCUGGCUGUAUACCUCAUUAUGCUGAUGACAGGUUUCAUCAUUAUCUUUCUUCAUCGGUACCCACAGUGGUCAAAUCACAGGAAAGUGGCGUCCAUUAUAUUUCCUCUGGUUGCUCCUUGUCUUAACCCAAUUAUCUAUGGGCUUCAGUCCAAAGAGAUUUACAAAGUGGUAAAGAAUAUGUUCCAGUCCAAGAUUAUGUCUCUUCGAUUGUAAUAUACUUUUUAAUGUGUAAAAGUGAAUAAAAAGUGUUUGUCCCUA